AUGCGCGGUGAUGCGCUGUGUCCCUGAUGAUCAGUUUAGCCCCAGCAAUGCCAGCUGUCAGUGUCCAUCAGUGCCACAUAUCAGUGCCCAUCUGAGCUGCCUUUCAGUGUCACCCAUCAGUGCCAGUCAGUGCCACAUAUCAAUGCCAAUCAGUGCCACUAUUAGUGCACAUCAGUGCCGCCUAUCAGUGCCAUGUAUCAGUGCUGCCUUUCAGUGCCCAUCAGUGAUGCCUGUCAAUGCCCAUCAGUGCUGCCAAUCAGUGCUGCCAAUCAGUGCCACCUAUCAGUGCCAUCAGUGCCGCCUAUCAGUGCACAUCAGUGCCGCCUAUCAGUGCCAGUCAGUG